AAAACAAUAGUUGAUAUUGAAAACAAAGAUGAGAAAUGCUUUCUUUGGUGUAUACUUAGGUAUCUUCAUCCUAAGGAAAGAGAUGAGGAAAGACUAACAGAUUUGAAAAAGUAUGAGAAUUCUCUCAACACCAAAGGAAUUAAUUUUCCAAUGAAAUUAAAACAUAUUUCCAGAUUUGAAAAACUGAAUCCAUCUCUUCCAGGAAUAAAUGGUUUUUUUCAGUUAAUGAUAACAAAAAGUUUUAUCCUUUGAAAAUGGCGGAGAAAGACUGUCAAAAUACUAUCGACUUGUUUUUAUAUGAAGAAGAAGGUGUUUCCCAUUAUUCACUAAUUAAAAGCUUUACUCGUUUGGUUAAAUCACAAAUAACUUCAAGUAAGAAUGGUUUAUUUUAUAUUUGUAAGAAAUGUUUUACUCAUUUUACUAAGUAUGAAUUAUUACAAAAACACAUCUCAUAUUGUUCAUCAAAUGAAACAGUUUCUGUGUGUACGCCACCAACAAACAUGAUGUUAUGUUUUAACAAUUACCACAAACAGUUGCCAGUUCCUUUUGUAGUUUAUGCUGAUUUUGAAUGUUUUACCAAACCAAUGAAUACUUGCAGUCCUAACCCGGAAAAAUCAUAUACUUACAAUUAUCAAAAGCAUGAACCAUCAGGAUUUUGUUUUUAUAUCAAAGGAAUAGUUCCUGAUAUAAAAUUUGAACCAAUUAUUUACACAAAAACCAAAAGUACUGAUGACAUUUCUAAAAUAUUUGUUACUAAACUUGCAAAAGUAACUAAUAAGAUAUAUAAUGAUUUUUAUCGUCGUCCAAUACUUAUUAAAUUAACACACUCCGAACAAAUAUCCUUUGAUAAAGCGGAAACUUGUCAUAUUUGUAAGAAAGAAUUACUCACUGAUAAAGUUAGAGAUCAUUGUCAUUUUACUGGACAAUACCGUGGAGCUGCUCAUAACAGUUGCAAUCUCCAGUGAGGGAAGCCAAUGAUUCUUCCAGUUAUAUUUCAUAAUCUUCAAGGGUAUGAUGCUCAUUUGUUUAUAAAACAACUUUCUACUAUUCCAGGUGAGUUAAACUGUAUUCCAUCGAUAGAAGAAAAGUAUAUUUCCUUUUCCAAAAAAAUUAAAGUUGAUGAGUAUAAAUCUAGUCGCACUGGAAAGUCUAUUUCAUUGUAUUUUGAAAUACGGUUUAUUGAUUCAUUUAAGUUUCUUCAAACGAGUCUUGCCAAUCUUGUUGGUAAUUUACAACCAGAUGAUUUUCAUAAUACAAAAGAAAUAUUCAGGGAAAAUAUAGAGUUAUUAACUCGUAAGGGAGUUUAUCCUUAUGAUUAUGUUUCCUCAAUGGAAAAACUAUCUGAAACACAACUACCUCCAAAAGAAGAAUUCUAUUCAAAACUAAAUGAUGAAGGUAUAUCAGAUGAUGAUUAUCAACACGCUAUUAAUGUCUGGAAUACUUUUAAAUGUAAAACAAUUAAAGAUUACAACGAUCUUUACCUAAAGUCUGAUGUUCUCUUGUUGGCAGAUGUAUUUGAAAACUUUAGAAAAACUUGUCUCCACCAUUACAAUCUAGAUCCAGCGUAUUACUAUACAUCUCCUGGGCUAGCCUGGGAUGCAUGUCUCAAAGAAACAGGUCAAGAAUUACAACUGUUGUAUGAUUAUGAUAUGUUGAUGAUGUUUGAAAAAGGUAUUCGUGGAGGAAUAUCACAUAUAUCAAAAAGAUAUGCAGAAGCAAAUAACAAAUACAUGAAAGAUUAUGGUCCUGAUAAACCUUCUACUUAUAUUCAAUAUCUUGAUGCUAAUAAUCUUUACGGAUGGGCAAUGUCACAAUCACUUCCAACACAUGGAUUUAAAUGGAUGAGAGAUUUAAAAAAAGAAACUGUAAUGGACAUCCUAGAGAAAGCAAAUCAUAGUAUGAUAAAUCCAAGGAAAGUUAAAGGAUAUAUAUUUGAAGUAGAUUUGGAAUACCCCCCUGAUUUAUGGACGGCUCAUAAUGACUAUCCUCUAGCACCUGAGAAAAUGAUUGUUAACGGUGUUGAAAAACUAAUUUGCCAUUUUAAACCGAGGAAAAACUAUGUAGUACAUUAUCGGAAUUUGAGACAAUAUCUUGAGAUGGGAAUGAGAAUAACUGCUGUUCAUAGAGGAAUAUCUUUUAAUCAGAGUUGUUGGAUGGAACCUUACAUUAGAAAGAAUACUGAACUUAGGAAAACAGCAGCAAACAGUUUUGAGAAAGACUUUUUUAAACUGAUGAAUAAUUCAGUAUUUGGAAAAACAACAGAAAACAUAAGGAAACGACAAAAUAUAAUACUUGUUGAUAAUCGUCAGAAAGCUGCAAAAUUAACAAGUCGUCCAAACUUUGUCCGCUCAACAAUAUUUGACCGUAAUCUUAUUGCUGUACAUAUGAAGAAAACUGAAGUAUACUUUAACAAACCAGUGUAUGUUGGACAAGCAAUUCUAGAUCUGUCAAAAACAUUAAUGUUUAAUUUUCAUUACAACUAUAUUCAAAAGAAAUAUAAACACAGGGCUGAGUUAUUGUUUACAGAUACCGACUCGUUGAUGUAUAAGAUUUAUACAGAUGAUUUUUAUAAAGAUAUAUCCCAUGAUAUAGAAACCAAGUUUGAUACGUCAGAUUAUCCUACUGACCACCCAACUGGAAUACUGACAGGAGUUAAUACAAAAGUAAUAGGAAUGUUUAAAGAUGAAGUAGCAGGAAAACAAAUUACUUAUUUUGUUGGAUUGCGUCCUAAGCUAUAUAGUUUUAAAAUAGAGGAGAGUAAAGAAGUUCGUAAAUGUAAAGAUAUAAAGAAAAAUGUUGUAAAAAAGGGUAUAGAAUUUGAAGACUAUGUACAUUGUUUAUUUUCUGGUGAGAAGCAAAUGAGAUCGAUGAAAAUUAUAAGAAGUGAAAAUCAUGAUAUAUACUCAAAAGAAGUCAAUAAAAUUGCUUUGAGUAAUGAAGAUGACAAGCGCACUGUGAUGGAGGAUAAAGUAAAAACUUUAGCUUUAAGAUAA